GUAACAUUAGUUGCAGUCAGCUGCGCUAAGAUCUGAUGGCACUGUGAUCAAGAAUGCUUGCAUGUGAUUCCUUCGAAAACCAUCCGCACCGCAUUGCUUAAGCUAUGACAGCAUCAUAGCUGCUUUUGUAUCCACUUACUUCAUAGUCCACACUUUCAAAUUUCAACACUUGGUGUUUUCCAAACAGGCCUGGAACAAAAGGUGGCCUUGACUGUGAAUUUAUAUUGUGAGCCUCACGCACACCCUCCAAGCCUAAUCUCACUGGCCGAGAUGCCCACUUAGAUCCCAGCCUAUGAGACGUUCCCAUAGCCUCUUUCCCGGGGCGUGUUCCCCGCUGUACGGACCCCUAACACUCGCCAACAUGGCUGCGCUCAGGGCCGCUCGUUUCCAAGAGUUUCUCGUCCGUCCGUGCAGUUUGCGCAGCGUUAACUGUAACUCCCAGCGCCGCGGCGCAGGGGCUGAAGCGGCGGGGCGGGAACAAGCCGAUGCACGGCAACAAGCCGGUGCACGGCCUCGAGGCCCCGGUGAGCGGCGCGAAGACGGCCGGGGCGAUCGAACAGCCGACGCUCAGCGCGGGAGAGCUCAGGGAGCAGCCCCAGCCUGAGAAGACGCCGGAAGUGCCGUCGUUCCGGGCCCCGCGGCCAACGUAGAGGGUUCCCGGGAGCUGGGCUUGCGGCCGGGAAACGAGGAGUUCGCAGAGGUGAGGUGUGGUAGCUGGAGAUCGAAGUGGAUUCGGGGGAGACCCAGAUACUACUGGCCCAGUGACAAGUGUGUGGAUUUUGGGAUGGAAUGAAUCUGGCUUUUUAACCUGGAUUCUUGCUCUUACUGGAUUACUUGGGCCACGGAACAGAGAGCUUCCGGGUGGGAGAACUCGUGCAGGUCCUGGGAGAGUGGCAAACCUGGAGAGUGGCAUGGAAGCUCCUUGCCCUUUCCCCAUACCCUCUACAUCUCUUCCGUCUGACUGUUCUGAGUUAUAUCAUCUUAUAAUAAGCUGGUAAUGUUGUAAGUAAAAUGUUUCUCUGACUUCUGUGAGCCAUUUUAGCAGAUUAAUUGAACCCGAGGAGGUCGUGGAAACUGAUUUAUAGCCAACUGGUCAGAAGUGCAGAUUCUCCAGGUGUUCCUUGGUUUGUGGCAACAUGUCUCUACUCUGUGCCUCCGUCUUCAGAUGGUCUCAUCUUCCCUCUGUGUCUGGUACAAGGGGACUUGGAUUUAGGGCCCAUCUGGAUACUUCUGGAUUUUCUUAUCUCAAGAUCCUUAAUUAUAUCUGCAAAGAUGUAAUUUUCCAUAUGAAGUCACAUUCACAGGUCCUGGAUUCCCAGGAGUAAGAGAGAUCCAGUAAAGCACGAGCAGGAGGCUUCUGGAGUUGCAUUUGGCAUUUGUGGGACAUCCUCGUCCUAAGACUGAGAUUUCUGAACAGAAAAUUAGUGCAGAUCAGAAGAGACUAACAUCCCUCUUACUUGGCAUUUCUUACAGAAGAAAAUGAUGAAAGCCCAGGAAUCGCUGACACUGGAGGAUGUGGCUGUGGACUUCACCUGGGAGGAGUGGCAGCUCCUGGCCCCCGCCCAGAAGGAGCUAUACCGGGAUGUGAUGUUGGAGAACUAUAGGAACCUGGUGUCAGUGGGGUAUCAAGCCAGCCAACCAGAUGCACUCUCUGAAUUGGAACAAGGAGAACCACCAUGGAUUUUAGAAGAUGAAGUCCAAAGUCAAACCCAUCCACAAAUUCAGAAAGUUGAUUAUCAUCUGCCUCAGCACUUACAAAACCCAAAAGUGCCAAAGAGAAAAGAACAGUGUUAUGAACUGAACACAUGUGGAAAUGUUCAUCAGAGCAAAAGUCAUUUUCCUUUCAGGCCAAAUCACGAUCGGUUUCAUUUACAUGGAAAAACUUUGAAGCCACACUUAGAUUUAAUCAACCAAAGUAGAAGCUGUGACAUAAAAGAGCCUGCUGAGUAUAGUGGAGAUGGGAGAUCCUUUCUCUGUGCUAAUCAUAAGCAAACUCAUACUGAAAUUAAAUUUCAUGAAAGUAGAAGACCCAUCAGCACUAAGUCACAAUUCAUUAAACAUCAUCAAACACACAAAACAGAGAAAGCCCACGAAUGUACUGAAUGUGGGAAAGCCUUCCUCAACAAGUCUCAGCUCACAGAACAUAAGACAAUUCAUACGGGAAAUAAACCCCAUGGAUGUAGUAUAUGUGGGAGAUCCUUUUCCAAGAAGUUCAAGCUCACUGAACAUCAGCAAACUCACAAAGGAGAGAAACCCUAUGAGUGCUGUGAGUGUGGGAAAACCUUCCUCAGGAAAUUUCAGCUUACUGAACAUCAGAAGACUCAUACAGGAAGUAAACCGCAUGGAUGCGGUGUAUGUGGGAAGGCAUUCUCCAGAAAGUUCAAGCUAACUGAACACCAGAGAACUCAUACAGGAGAGAAACCUUAUGAAUGUCCUGAAUGUGGCAAAGCCUUCUGCAGGAAGGCAGAGCUGAUUAUACAUCAGAGAAAUGAAAGAGGAGAAAGGCCCCAUCAAUGCAAUGAAUGUGGAAAAGGUUUCUCCAGAAAAUCACAACUCAUUCUACAUCAGAAAACCCAUACAGGAGAGAAAUCUUACAUAUGCAGUGAAUGUGGAAAAGGUUUCAUUCAGAAGGGCAAUCUCCUUAUACAUCAGCGAACUCACACUGGAGAGAAACCCUAUGGAUGCACUGAAUGCAGUAAGGCCUUCAGCCAGAAGGCAUGCCUCAUAGCGCAUCAGCGAUUUCAUACAGGAAAGACUCCCUUUGUAUGUACUGAAUGUGGAAAAUCUUGUUCACAGAAAUCAGGACUCAUUAAACAUCAGAGAAUUCACACAGGAGAGAAACCCUAUAAAUGCAGUGACUGUGGGAAAGCCUUCACUACAAAGACAAUGCUCACUGUCCAUCAAAGAACUCAUACAGGAGAGAGACCCUAUGCAUGCAGUGAGUGUGGGAAAGCUUUCUCCCACAUGUCAUGCCUUGUUAAACAUAAGAGAAUACACACAAGAGAGAAACAUGUAAAUUCAGUGAAGGUUGAAUAUUCUUCCACAGAGGGUCACAGCUUAUUAAAUACCAGUGAAUUCAUGCAGGAGAAAAGCCCUGUUAAUACGGUGACUGUGCAGAUGCCUUCUAUGAUCUCUCAGACCUCAUCAAACAUCAGUAGGUUCCUCACAGAUAGGAAUGCAGUCAUAGUGGGACAACCAGUUGUCAGAUGUGCACCCUCAGGAAAUACCAGAGAGUUUGUACAAGAAAGAAGCCUUAUGAAUGCAGUAAGUGUGGUCGUGCCUUCAGUGGUCCAUUACAUCUUAUUUUAUGUCACAAAAAACACAUAGGAAAAAACUGGUACAUUCAAUUCGGAAAAGCCUUGAGCAGUAAUGUCUAGCUGAUUAUAUGGUUAUAUAUAAACAGAAAGCCUAUGAAUGCAGAGGCUAGGAAAACUGUUUUUUGGAAAACAGACCCUGUCUGUCAUCAGUGAUCACCACAGAUCAUCAGUGAGCUUAUAGUGAGUAGAAAUAUCACAAUGGAAAAGUCCUUACCCUCAAUAUGUGUCCAUUUAUACUGGGGAGAAACUGUUAGAAGGCAGUGAAUGUGGCAGGGUUUUCAGUGGUACAUUCUGCUUUAUCCAUUAGCAGAUGAAAUCUCAGAGAAAACGCUGUUAAUCCACUAAUUGUGGAAUACCUUUAACAAAAUACUAAAGUUCUUGUGAAGCAAAGAAGGCUUCUCAAAGUGAGAAAUAUUUGAGAGCUUUAUGUACCUUUUCUAACUUGACCUGUACAUCACGUGAUACACCUGAUGGGCAUUUUCGGACAGGAUACCUUGAACCACAUUCCCAGUUACCAUGUUAAUGAUUCCAUAAUUUAGAGGAGAUAGUCUCUGCCCUACAUCACUGGUUAACAUUAUCACAUUAUAUUCACUUUUCCCAUUUGUGGAUUCUUUUUCUAAAAUUAUCUUCAGUUCCCACCCAAUAUCAUACAAUGGUUAGCUGUUGCAUUUCUUUGGCUUUAGAUUUAAGUUUUAUUUCAGGCAACUGAAGUCCUUCAAAAAUGAAAUGAAUCUAUUAAACUCAUGAGUAUAACUGAAUGUCCUUGAAUGAAUAUAAAUUGAAUUUAAAAAUAAGACCAAGCAUUAUACAAUGUCAUCAUAAAAGUGAUUUUUAAAAUUUUCUAAACUUGAAAAGGUAGAGAAACCACGUUUGCAAAAUGAACUAAAAGCCCAAGGACAAUUAGUAACUUAAACUUAUAAAAUAAAUAACAAAAUACAUUCCAACACAGCUCUUGGUAAUUUUUUUUGAAAACAUGAAAAAGGUAGGCAAUUUGAAUACAAAUCAAGAUGACUACCUCCAUCCUAGUUCUCCUCCUUCCCAGAUUAUUAAAAUUAUAAUUCUCAGAAUGCUGGGAAUCGGAAGUUCUAAACUCAUAACUAUCCAGUUGCACUCUUCCCUUGGAGGUAGUACCCUGUCUAACCCUACCUUUUGUCUCAUUGAUGGAACCACCCUGACAUUCUUCCUUGGCAUCUAGUCCCAUUUUCUCUCAGCUCAGAGGGACUCAGUCCUACAUACAUGAGGAAGAGAAAAGUAGAUCUUCAUAGAAUCAACCCUGGCCUGAUAUACUCCAUGAAGCCAGAGAGAAUUUGAACUGGACCUGAAGUAGGCAUAGAAGCUCUGGAAGAGUAGGCUGAACUUAGUGCUGGACUGGAAUACUAGAGGCCUGUAAUCAGCCUGGAAAAUAUUUUCAGAAUCUAAUAUGUGUAAUUUUUUUUUUUUUAAGUAGGCUCCAUGUGCAGUGUGGAGCCCAGCAUGGGGCUUAAACUCAGGACCCCGAGAUCAAAAGUUGGAUGCUCAAUUGAGUCACCUAGGCACUCCUGAUAUGUAUAAUUAGUUGAACGUAGUCAGGGGUAAUGGUAGGGGCUGGCAUAAAACUAAUACAGGAAGAGGUUCAGACCAAGUCCCCUGCUGGAAAAACUGCAAUCUGAAAAAGGGCAUUAGAUUAGAUCUCAGAGAGAAACUAAAGUAGAGGCCUGUCAGUAGAUGAGGUAUUUUAAUGGCAUUUAGACAGGUGAUUUUUUUUUUUUAAAGAUUUUUUAUUUAUUUAUUUGACAGAGAUAGAGACAGCCAGCGAGAGAGGGAACACAAGGGGGGAGUGGGAGAGGAAGAAGCAGGCU